CUCCCAUCCACACCUACAUCCUGGGAGCAGCCAGCCAGGAAACCACCCGCUUCUUCCCCAGUGCUGACGGCUGUGAGCUGGCUGACAACAUCACCUACCUGGGUCGUCGAGGUGUUUUCUCCGGGGCGUCAGGCCUGCAGAUAGCGUAUGUGAGUGGUCGUGAAGGACGUCUGGACCCGACUCCAGCUCACUGCUUCUCUCCUGAAGACCUCCAUCAGCUGGUGGAGCCGCUGAUCAACAACAACCAGUUCAGAGGAGUGGACAUCCUGCUGACGUCACAGUGGCCCCGCGGAGUCUGGCAGUACGCCAACAGCCCCGAAGUGAACACUAAGUUGUGUGGAACGAGCUCCAUCUCCCAGCUGGCCUACAAGCUGAAGCCCCGAUACCACUUCGCUGCUGUAGAGGGAGUUCACUAUGAGAGACGACCUUACAGAAAUCAUGUUGUUCUUCAGGAGAACACUCAGCACGUCAGCAGAUUCAUCGCCCUGGCAACCGUCAACAACCCAGAGAAGAGAAAGUACCUGUAUGCCUUCAACAUUAUCCCGAUGAAAAGCAUGGAGUCAUCAGAACUGGUGAAACAGCCUCAGGAUGUCACUGAAAACCCUUACAGGAAGAUGGUUGGAGAGAAUACUCUAUCAGACCCUACUGUCCAGGAGCCUGCAUCUCAGUUCUUCUUUGACCUGGGGAAGAAGCAGCGUGGGGGGGGCCGUGGCCAGGGGGGCCGUGGCAGGAAGAGGCCCUCAGACGGAGACGGGCAGAAUCAAGGACAGCCGUGGGAUCCAGACAGGCAGAGUCAGAGACCGCCCUUUGAUCUAGACGGGCCUAAACAACCUCGCAGGCCGCCCCAGCCCAGCGGUCCCUGUUGGUUCUGUCUGGCCAGCCCUCAGGUAGAGAAACACCUGGUCAUCAGCAUUGGUACCCAUUGUUACCUGGCUCUAGCUAAGGGCAGUCUGACCCCUCAGCAUGUGUUGGUACUGCCCAUCGGUCACUACCAGUCAGUAGUGGAACUGAGCUCUGAGGUGGUUAAAGAACUGGACCGAUACAAGAUGGCUGUCAGGACCUUCUAUAAGAGCAAAGGACAGCGCUGUGUUCUGUUUGAGAGGAACUACCACAGCCAACACCUGCAGAUACAGGCAGUACCGGUGCCGGAGGAUAAAUGUACCACUGAAGAUAUUAAAGAAGCCUUCAUGCUGCAGGCGCAGGAUCAGAACAUGCAGCUGAUGGAGAUACCAGAGUAUACAGACCUGGAACAGAUUGCUCCUCCAGGGACACCGUACUUCUACGUGGAGCUGGACUCUGGAGAGAAGCUCUUCUACCGCAUUCAGAGAAACUUCCCUCUGCAGUUUGGCAGGGAGGUGUUGGCCAGCGAGUCGGUCCUGAACAUCCCAGAGAGGGCGGACUGGAGAGGGUGUAAACAGACCCCAGAGGAAGAGGAGAGUCUGAGCAAACAGCUACGAGACGACUUCCAACCAUACGACUUCGCUCUGGAAGACUGAACACCUACACACACCUGUACCGUACAGUAGGGGUGUAAUGGUAUUCACACUGUACCGUACAGUAGGGGUGUGAUAGUAUUCAAUCUGAACCAUACAUUGUAACGUACAGUAGGGGUGUAAUGGUAUUCACACUGCCGUACAGUAGGGGUGGAAUGGUAUUCACACUGAACCAUACACUGUACCGUACAGUAGGGGUGUAAUGGUAUUCAUACUGAACCAUACAUUGUACCGUACAGUAAGGGUGGAAUGGUAUUCACACUGAACCAUACACUGUACCGUACAGUAGGGGUGUAAUGGUAUUCAUACUGAACCAUACAUUGUACCGUACAGUAGGGGUGGAAUGGUAUUCAUACUGAACCAUACACUGUACCGUACAGUAGGGGUGUAAUGGUAUUCAUACUGAACCAUACAUUGUACCGUACAGUAGGGGUGGAAUGGUAUUCAUACUGAACCAUACAUUGUACCGUACAGUAGGGGUGUAAUGGUAUUCACACUGAACCAUACAUUGUACCGUACAGUAGGGGUGUAAUGGUAUUCACACUGAACCAUACAUUGUACCGUACAGUAGGGGUGUGAUAGUAUUCAUACUGAACCAUACACUGUACCGUACAGUAGGGGUGUGAUAGUAUUCAAUCUGAACCAUACAUUGUACCGUACAGUAGGGGUGUAAUGGUAUUCACACUGAACCAUACAUUGUACCGUACAGUAGGGGUGUAAUGGUAUUCACACUGAACCAUACAUUGUACCGUACAGUAGGGGUGUGAUAGUAUUCAAUCUGAACCAUACAUUGUACCGUACAGUAGGGGUGUAAUGGUAUUCACACUGAACCAUACAUUGUACCGUACAGUAGGGGUGUAAUGGUAUUCACACUGAACCAUACAUUGUACCGUACAGUAGGGGUGUAAUGGUAUUCAUACUGAACCAUACAUUGUACCGUACAGUAGGGGUGUGAUAGUAUUCACACUGAACCAUACAUUGUACCGUACAGUGUCCCUCCAACUAGUAAUUUCUACUAUCAUUGUGAGCUUCCACUUCUCCCACCUGCUGACUUCACCUACUAAGGACAUUUUCGGCAGUUAAAUGCAACAAAACAUUUAUUCAUAAAUAGCAAUCUGUGAAUGUUUAUUUUUUUUUAAAAACUAUAAUUUGUUUAAAAGCGUGACAGCUGUAUUUUUAGGUUGACGCAGCUUGUUGGCCGUUUUUAGCCAAUCGGUGAUUCUCAACCCAGUUCAAAUCACAUGACUAAUCCCACCGGUAUUUCUGACUCCCUGGUACACGGCCUCAUGGUUACAAAACGCAGGGUCAGAGUGGAAACGUGAAACGGCCCAACAUAACAGAGGCGGAGAUCUUCCCUUCACUUCCUGCCUUUGGAGGCGGAGAUCUUCCCUUCAAUUCCUGCCUUUGGAGGCGGAGAUCUUCCCUUCACUUCCUGCCUUCUCUCAGUUUUUUUUUUUACUUCAAUCCAACCGUCUGAAAUAGUUGUUUUCACAAUGUGGAGAUAAAUCGGUGGCGUCGUUUUGGUCCCUGAUUAAAAGCCUUUUUUUUUUUUGUA